CCACAGCCCCGCGACGCUCCUUCCAAUCCGCGUAGAGCGACGCACUUCCUUGCGGAAGUGACGGCCCUUCUAAGGCUAGUGGGGGCGGUGCGAGCAAAGAGGGGGAUUCAGCCGCUGGGAGUAGUUGUGUGAAGAUGGAGUUUCCCGGAGGAAAUGACAAUUACCUGACGAUCACAGGGCCCUCGCAUCCCUUCCUGUCGGGGGCCGAGACAUUCCAUACACCAAGCUUGGGCGAUGAGGAGUUUGAAAUCCCGCCAAUCUCGUUGGAUUCUGAUCCAUCACUGGCUGUCUCUGAUGUGGUUGCCCACUUUGACGACCUGGCAGAUCCUUCCUCUUCACAGGAUGGCAGCUUUUCAGCCCAAUAUGGAGUCCAGACAUUGGACAUGCCUGUGGGCAUGACCCAUGGCUUGAUGGAGCAGGGUGGGGGGCUCCUGAGUGGGGGCUUGACCAUGGACUUGGACCAUUCUAUCGGAACUCAGUAUAGUGCCAACCCACCUGUCACCAUUGAUGUUCCAAUGACAGACAUGACAUCUGGCUUGAUGGGACAUAGCCAGCUGACCACCAUUGAUCAAUCAGAACUGAGUUCUCAACUUGGUUUGAGCUUAGGGGGUGGCACCAUCCUGCCACCUGCCCAGUCACCUGAGGAUCGUCUUUCAACAACCCCUUCACCUACUAGUUCACUUCAUGAGGAAGGUGUUGAGGAAUUCCGGAGGCAAAUUCCCAGCCAGAAGACAGUGGUGGUCGAAGCAGGGAAAAAGCAGAAGGCCCCAAAGAAGAAGAAAAAGAAAGAUCCUAAUGAACCUCAGAAACCAGUUUCAGCAUAUGCUUUGUUUUUUCGUGAUACACAGGCUGCCAUCAAGGGACAGAAUCCCAAUGCUACCUUUGGAGAGGUUUCUAAAAUUGUAGCAUCCAUGUGGGACAGUCUUGGAGAGGAACAAAAACAGGUAUAUAAGAGGAAAACUGAAGCUGCCAAGAAAGAGUAUCUGAAGGCUCUAGCGGCUUAUAAAGACAACCAAGAGUGUCAGGCCACUGUGGAAACAGUGGAAUUGGAUCCAGCACCAGCAUCACAGACUCCUUCUCCGCCUCCAAUGGCUACUGUUGACCCAGCGUCUCCAGCACCAGCUUCAACAGAACCCCCUGCCCUGUCCCCUUCCAUUGUUGUCAAUUCCACUCUUUCAUCCUAUGUGGCAAACCAGGCAUCUUCUGGGGCUGGGGGUCAGCCCAAUAUCACCAAAUUGAUCAUUACUAAACAGAUGUUGCCCUCUUCCAUUACAAUGUCUCAAGGAGGGAUGGUUACAGUCAUCCCAGCCACAGUGGUGACAUCCCGGGGGCUCCAACUAGGUCAAACCAGUACAGCUACUAUCCAGCCCAGUCAGCAAGCCCAGAUUGUCACUCGGUCAGUAUUACAGGCAGCAGCAGCAGCUGCUGCUUCUAUGCAGCUGCCUCCACCCCGGCUACAGCCCCCUCCAUUGCAACAGAUGCCUCAGCCCCCAACUCAGCAGCAAGUUACCAUCCUGCAGCAGCCACCCCCGCUUCAGGCCAUGCAACAGCCACCACCUCAGAAAGUUCGAAUCAAUCUACAGCAACAGCCGCCACCUCUGCAGAUCAAGAAUGUGCCUCCACCUACUCUGAAAAUGCAGACUACCCUAGUCCCAGUGGCUGUGGAAAGUAGCCCUGAACGGCCUAUGAAUAGCAGUCCUGAGGCCCACACUGUGGAGGCAACCUCUCCAGACACAAUAUGUGAGAUGAUCACAGAUGUAGUUCCUGAGGUGGAAUCUCCUACUCAGAUGGAUGUUGAAUUGGUGAGUGGGUCACCUGUGACACUCUCGCCCCAGCCUCGAUGUGUGAGGUCUGGCUGUGAGAAUCCUCCCGUUGUGAGUAAGGACUGGGACAAUGAAUACUGCAGCAAUGAGUGUGUGGUGAAGCACUGCAGGGAUGUAUUCGAGGCCUGGGUAGCAUCUAGAAGUGCAAACACAGUAGUGUUCGUGAAAUAGUCCUUCCUGUGCUCCAAGACAGGGAAGAUUUCUCUGCCGGGAACUGUUUUUGAAACACAAGCUGAGCUUCUGGUAGUGCCUGAUCUCAACUCAUGAAGGCCCUUCAUGCUUUCCCUUUUUUCCCUUCAGCAGAGGCCAACCUGUGGAGUGGGUCGUUGAGUUACUGUAAUCUGGUAUUGCUUUUACUUUGAACACGAGCAGUCAAACCAGUGAUGUUAAUAGUAGAGCAAAGGGUGAAGGAGUGUAGACAAGCAAAUCAGGGGUGGCAUGGAGUUGUUGGAGGAAAUUUGGUCUAAUUGUCAUAGGACUUCCAUAAGAAGUUAUUAAAAUGAGUACUUGGCUUUAAGCCUAGUAGAAGAUACCACUGUGCAUACCUGUUUUAAAGGGAUAAGAGACUACAUUAAAGAUUCACUCUUAACACAGGGAGCAAUUUUAACAUCACCUCAGUACAUUCACUGCCUUGAGCCAAGGUUUUCCACACAGUAGGCACACUGGAUUUUAGGGAGAGCGAGAGACUAGGAGUCUCCUAUGUAUUUCUCAUUAAAAUACUAUUUCUGUAGUCAGCA